UGGGAGGAUAUCACAAAGGAGAAAAGUUCAUUUCUUGGAUAUACUGAUUUACUUGGAACAACAUUUAAAGCAACAACAAUCUCAACAGGUUUUGGAGCUCAUUUGGUACAACCUAUCCUUCGUAAUGCUGUUGAAGGUCGUGAAGAUACACUUACAGAAGAGGAGGCGAUUACAGCUAUAAACAAUUGUAUGAAAGUAUUAUAUUAUAGGGAUACUCGUAGUUUAAAUAAAUUUCAACGUGCAAAAAUAACAGAACAAGGUUUUGAAAUAACUCAACCUUAUUCUGUUGCAACUGAUUGGAAAUAUGCAGAAGGAAUUAGAGGUUACGGCGCACAAGUCGACUAG